AUGUCUAAUUGGGAUAGUUUUCUCUGGAGCUAUGUGUAUAACACGUCCGCUAGUGACGAAGUGCCCUCGCCUGUUCCUGAUUUAAGCAGCGUUGUGAAUUCCGAUUAUGAAAUAAACAUUACCCCUUCCGACAGCAUUGAUGAGAAUAAUGAGAAUAAUGACAACAGUGAUAAUAGUGUUAAUACUAGCUCAAAAUAUUCGUAUAAUGAUAUUUCUAGUACGAAGGCUACUUAUCGUUCUAUAAAAGGUGAAGGUCAGAAAAAUGCUCAUCUUAACACUCGAUUCUCUACUUUUUAUGGCCUGCAGCAGCUCCCUGUACUUCAACCCUCACAACAAUUAAAAGAAGAGAAAGAAGAAGAAGAAGAUAAUAAUGAUGAUAACAAUGACUAUAAUAAUAAUAAUAAUAAUAAUAAUAAUAAUAAUGAAAAUGAUGAAAACGAUGAAAAUAACAGUAAUGAUGAUGAUGAUAAUAAUAAUACGAAUAGCAGCAGUAAUGAAGAUGAGGAAGAAGAAGAGGAAGAUGAAGAUGAGAAUGAGAUUGGUAAUACGGCCAGUAUGAACAGUGGAAAUAACAACAGUAAUAGUAGUCGAGUCUCUAUCACUAUUCACCGACAUCACAUCAUUGGAGAAGAUGGACAACGGAUUGUACGCCGAGCCAUCACACUUCAACCACGUGAGGGAUUACGGGUGGAGAUACCAGAAGAAAACAUUGAGGAAUAUCAUCGUGAACUGAAUGCCAUACUUCAUCAAAACCCAAAUGAUGAGAGAAGUCAGGAUAGUAAUAGUAAUAAUAAUAAUAAUAAU